GAUAGGUGGGAGUGGUUUGAAGUUGAAUAUAGCCUGUAGUCUCUGUGCAUCUGGCAGUUAAACUCACUCAGACCACAUUGAGGACUGCUGUGAGAGGCACCAUAGAAAUUCAAGUCAAAACCAGAUUGUGGAAAGGACCCUCAAUUGAGCAGGCAUAAUGCGUGAAUGCAUCUCUGUCCACGUAGGCCAGGCUGGUGUCCAGAUGGGGAACACCUGUUGGGAGCUCUACUGUUUGGAACACGGCAUUCAGUCAGAUGGCCAGAUGCCCACCCAAAAGUCCAUAGGGGGGCAUGAUGACUCAUUCACCACCUUCUUCAGCGAGACCGGGGCUGGAAAAUAUGUCCCAAGAGCCGUCUUUGUUGACCUGGAACCCACGGUUGUUGACGAAGUGCGGACUGGUACAUAUCGCCAACUCUUUCACCCCGAGCAACUGAUCUCAGGAAAAGAAGAUGCGGCCAAUAACUAUGCCCGUGGACACUACACCAUCGGCAGAGAGAUCAUUGACUCUGUCCUCGACAGGAUCCGGAAAUUGUCUGACCAGUGCACUGGUCUCCAAGGAUUCUUGGUCUUCCACUCCUUUGGUGGCGGCACCGGCUCUGGUUUCACCUCCCUUUUAAUGGAACGACUUUCAGUUGAUUAUGGGAAGAAAUCAAAACUUGAGUUUGCAAUCUACCCGGCCCCUCAAGUUUCUACAGCAGUGGUAGAGCCAUACAACUCCAUUCUGACCACUCACACCACCCUUGAGCACUCCGACUGCGCCUUCAUGGUGGACAAUGAAGCAAUCUAUGACAUUUGUCGCAGGAACCUCGACAUUGAACGUCCAUCUUACACUAACCUCAACCGCCUUAUCAGUCAGAUAGUGUCAUCUAUCACAGCCUCUCUUCGCUUUGACGGUGCCCUGAACGUCGACUUAACAGAGUUCCAGACCAACUUGGUACCCUACCCUCGUAUCCACUUCCCACUGGCCACAUAUGCUCCUGUCAUCUCUGCUGAGAAGGCAUACCAUGAGCAACUCUCCGUGGCCGAAAUCACCAAUGCGUGCUUUGAGCCAGCCAACCAGAUGGUCAAGUGUGAUCCUCGUCAUGGUAAAUACAUGGCCUGUUGUCUGCUAUAUCGUGGUGAAGUAGUUCCCAAAGAUGUUAAUGUGGCCAUCGCUGCCAUCAAGACCAAACGCACCAUCCAAUUUGUGGACUGGUGUCCCACUGGCUUCAAAGUGGGCAUCAACUACCAGCCUCCAACAGCGGUUCCUGGAGGAGAUCUUGCCAAGGUGCAGAGGGCUGUGUGCAUGCUGAGCAACACCACAGCCAUCGCUGAGGCCUGGGCCCGUCUGGACCACAAGUUUGAUCUGAUGUAUGCCAAGAGGGCCUUUGUUCACUGGUAUGUAGGAGAAGGAAUGGAGGAAGGGGAGUUCUCAGAGGCCAGAGAGGACAUGGCCGCCCUGGAGAAGGAUUAUGAAGAGGUCGGGAUUGAUUCCUUUGAUGAGGAAGAGGAGGGAGAAGAAUAUUAGACACAUUUGGUUAUUUAUUUAAUAGUUAGCAAUGUAUUUGUCAUUAUUGAUUCAUAAUCAGGUCUAAUUAUUUUGCUACCUAUUAAACAUUUCAACAUA